UGAGGCGUUGCAGCGUGCAACCUGUCUAUGUUCUGCAUUAAUGAGUAGCUCUAUGACGCCAGCUAGAGCGCUCUGCCAGGUCUCGUUCCUUUCCAGCCGCCGAGCCUUUAUUUGGGGCGGGGAGUGUAGUGGACAGCGGAGCUGUGAGCGUGGGUCAUGGACUGUGGCCGUCACCAUAAAUUGUGAAGGUAUCCGGUCUUAGAUGCCGUUCGAUCAUCUUUUUUUUCUUUUUUUUUCUGCAGCUGUUGACAGAACCAGGGGUAAAAAUUGCAGAACGUAUCGAGACGCAGAUGAAAUCGUUAGCAGAGAUGUCACCAGAAACGCAAUCGUAGAUGACAGGGGACCCAAGCUUCGGGUUCGCAACUCCUCAUCGACGGUGGCUGGGAGAAGCUUGUCUAUGAGGACGAGGUUGGCAUACCAAGAGAAGAGAGCCGGGUUCUGCAGCUAACGUAAGCCUGCAGCGACCGUAGUGUGAAGUCGCCCGAGGAGUAGCA